UAUCAAAUAUUAUCUUCAGACAAGGACAGGAUAUGCCCAUCCAGUAUAUCACAUGCAUGUACGAAAAUGCCAUCAUGAAGCCCAUAUUUUGGUUUGUUUGUUUUGAGAUGGUCCCACUAUGUAUCCUUGACUGGCCUGAAAUUCACAGAGCUGCCUACUUCUGCUUCUUAAGUGCAGGGAUUAAAUGCGAGUACCAUCAAGACAGGCGAAGCGCAUUGUUUUGUACAAUUCAUAAACACUAAUAAAAAUGUUCAUAAAGGAACUGGAGAGAUGGCUCAGGGGUUAAGAAAUGUUCACUUAAGAAUCUUUUUAAAAGCUGGGUAUGGCACUGCAUAGAAAAAGCACUUGUUGCUCUUGCGAGGUUUGGUUCCCAGUACCUGCAUGGUGGCUCACAACCAUCUGUAAUUCCAGUUUUAAGAGGAUUAGAUGCCUUCUUAUGAUCUCUUGGCAAGCACCAGGCAGGCCCACAUGUGGGUAUGCAGAAAGACAUGCAGGCCAAACUCAUAUAUAGAUAUAUGAUGAAAUAAAUCGUAAAAUAAAAGGCUGGGCAUGGGGGCUCAUCCCUGUAAGUAAUUCCAGCAUUUAGGCAGAGUCAAGGGGAUCGAUGAAAGUACAAAGCCAGUCUUAUCCGUAUAGUGAGUUCCAGGUUAGCCUCAGCUAGAGUAAGACUUUGUUUUUAAAACUUAAAUUAAAAUUAUUUUUAAAAUGCCUGCUAUGUCUAGUCAUGAUUGGAAUGCUGCUUUAGUUUGAGCCAGAGGCAGGGCAUUUUAAGCACCACACUCACCAGGAAGCCACAAUACACUAUCACUUCCUUCCCUUUUUUUGUCUAUGUGGAGCCAUGAUCCUAUUGUUGCCAACCACACUCAUGCCAAUGCCUGCAGACAAAGAUUCAGGGAGAGGUGCUUGAACCUCAGAAGAGUCUAUGGUGUGGGCACCGUAGAAGUCAUUCCUCAGCCCGUCCCAAGUGCCACAAUGUACUCCUCAUCCUAUUGGCAUUUGUGGUGGAUGGUUCAGUCUUCACUGUCCACUUGGUGGGCUUGGAAUCACUGUAGAAACAAACCUCUGAGUGGGUCUGUGGGCGUGUCUCCAGGCGAGAGGACUCAGCCUAGCUGUUUGUCUCCUUAUUUCGUGGGUUAGAGUCCUAGGCUGAAUAAAAGAGAAAGCAAGCUGGGCAUCAAUGAGCAUCUUUCCCUGUCUCCUGAUUGAGGAUACAACAUGGCCGGUUACCGCAGGCUUCUGAAACCACAGCUGCCCCACCAUGAUGGAUUACACCCUCAAACUGUGAACCAAAAUAAAUUUCCCCUUAUGCUUGCUUCUGCGAGGGAUUCAUUUUGUCACAGCUACGAGCAAAGUAACUAAUACAUCAACCUCGUCAGAUUGGUGGGAACUCUUGUCCACAGAUGAGGCCCAACUGCUUGUCCCAGAUAGCACAGCAAGGCCCUGACCGAAAGGCCCUUGGGAGCAUUCUCUAACCCAGCAUGAGCCAUGACAUGAUGAGGCAGGCUUGGCUAAGAUCUAGGCUCAGGAACUCAAUGACUUUACUGCCUUUUGGGCUGUUCCUCCAGCCCUCUGCUGCAGCUGGAGUGAGGGUGUGUGUGUUUGUACUUGUGUGUACAUGUGGACAAGUACAUGUGUGUAAGAUUUUACCAGUCUUUUGUUCUGGGGAGGAAGGAGAGGCCUGGACGACAGAGUGGAAUACCACCUCCCCUCCACAUCCAGAUAGUGAAGGGCCCUUCUCUCCAGUACAGGGGACUGGACCCAGCCAGGCUGUCUGCAGCAGGGCUGCCCGAAUUUCCUCUCUAGAUCCGAAGCCUGAUUAGGCUCCGAGACAAAGAGCAGAGGUGUGUGCAGGCUGGGCAGACUGGAAGGAGGCCCCUCCCUGCUGGAUUCCUGCCUGGACCUGGCCGCAGGGCUGGGCGGCAAAGGCCUCUGGAUAAAUCGGGCUGGAUCCUCUCUCCUUCAGUCUGUCCCAAGUCACAGAGGAAGAAAGACCAGUUGGACAGGCACAGAUGAGGACACCAGAGACCCAGAGAGGGUGCUGGACAGGUCCAAGAUCACAAAGUAAAGUCCUGGGCAGGGCUGGCUCAAAUGGGGUCUCAGCUCAGAGGACUAGAUUCACUUAAUUCCUAAAUGUACAAGGGGCAGCUUUCGGUUUCCAUAGCAACCUCCAAAGGCUCACAGGCUGAUUCCCCAUCUCCUAGAGAAAGGCAUUCUGAUCAUCCAGGGGGAGGAGCCAGUCCCAGGCUGUUGUUUAUGGGUCUGCCUCAUUUUAUACAGCUGGAUCUUGGGCUAAAGAUCCAGCCUGAGCUCCUGGUGAGGCCUAGUGGAGUCCUUGGAGGGCAGGUCCAGUUUCCACACACUGAACCCCUGGAAUUGGGUGUGGGGGAGAGCCACAGAACAGACAAGCAACUUCAGCUACCCUUGAGCUGGGAAGAUAGCAAGAGAUGUGGAGAGUUCUACAUUCCGGGGGAAGGAAGGGCAGGGGCAGGUCCCGAGGUAGAAGACCUUAGGGAAGGCCUAGUCACAGCUGGGAGUCUGUGCAGGAGCAGUAACAAAUAGCCAGAGGGGGUAGGUUCCUUUCACUCUUCAGGGACAAUCUCAUCUUGUGUCCUCAGGGGUGAUGUGAGGAUUAACUGAGCAGAGGCUUGGCAAACACUUAGCUCAGGGCCUGGCACUCAGUACGUGCUCAACCGACCAUGGCCAGUCUCCUUCACAACCCAGAGCUCCCUGCACCCCUACAGGAUCAGAGACAUGCCUGAGGCCUGCUGAGGGGUGGAGGAGAGAAGAGGGAGGAAGGCAUCCAGGCCUUGGAGCCCGGCACAAUCAACGCACUCUAGACAAGGGCGGGGGGAAUCCACGGCCCUGCCCAGGCGGCAAUGAGGCCCUCUGCCAGCUCUUGUGCAGGAGAGGAGGUGGCCUUCAAAAGGGCGCAGUGCCCGUGUUUUCCAGUCGCUGCUGGGCCGGGCUGGGCCACCUGGACUAAGGGCCAGGGAGGACGCGCAGGCUACAGGUGUCCCUAGCAGGCCCAGCGUCCUGUCCCGACCUGAGCAGGUGUCUCCAAUCCUUGGACCGGACAUUCCUUUCCCAUCCCCCGCCCCUGGACUCCCGCGGUGCCAGGGCCAAUCCUUUGAUCCUGAGCUCUGGGUCACGGGUCCCUCCCCUUAGUGGGAGGAAUGGGGUCCCAGAGCCAGGAGGGUGCAGGUAGCGGGCACAAGGCCAUCCCGGAUAGCUGUCCCCGCGGCCUUAAGCCCUCCCGUGCCUUGGUGCAAAACCACCCGAAAGGGGGUUGUAGGUUCGGGGCGGGUUUCGGAGCUGUCCAGUGCAGGGUGAGGGUGGGGCCCUGUCAGGGGUCUCCCCGCCCCUUCCAGCCCAGACUAGCAAAAGGUGAAACCUGAGCCCAGGUUGGGGGCGGGGCUGGCUCGUGGCUCUGCCCUAGUCCCCGCUACCCCGCAGUCGCAGGAGGAACAGGGCCUUCCCCAAGCCACCGGAGCAGGUGAGGCCGACGGCUGUGCCCGGGCAGGUAGAGCAGCCGACGGGCCCCGCGGUCCAGAGCUCCCCCUCCUCUGGUCUUUGGUCCGCAGGGUCCGCGAUGGAGUCCGUUGCCCGGGGUCGCUCCCCGCCCUGAGUCCCUCAGACAGCCAUGCUGCCCCGAGGGCGCCCCCGGGCACUGGGGGCCGCCACGCUGCUGCUGCUGCUGCUGCUGGUGGUUGGCUUCUUCCUGUUCGGCCGAGACCCUGAGUACGGACUACGGGCAGCUGCCACCUUCGAUGGAGACCCGUACGGGAGCCGCAACCGCUCCGCCUCCGGCCUGCAUCCUCUACUGCCACCCAAGUGCGAGCUGUUGCAUGUGGCCAUCGUGUGUGCGGGAUACAACUCCAGCCGAGAGGUCAUCACCCUCGUGAAGUCCGUGCUGUUCUACAGGAAAAAUCCGCUGCACCUCCACCUGGUAACCGAUGCUGUAGCCAGAAACAUCCUGGAGACGCUCUUCCGAACAUGGAUGGUGCCGGCUGUGGUGAUCAGAUUCUACGAUGCUGAAGAGCUCAAGCCCCUGAUCUCCUGGAUCCCCAACACGCACUACUCUGGCCUAUAUGGGCUAAUGAAGCUAGUACUUCCCAGCAUCCUGCCUCUCAGCCUGGCUCGAGUCAUUGUCCUGGACACUGAUGUCACCUUCUCCUCUGACAUUGCGGAGCUAUGGGCACUCUUUGCUCACUUUUCUGACAAGCAGGUGGUUGGUCUCGUGGAGAACCAGAGCGACUGGUACCUGGGCAACCUCUGGAAGAACCAUAGGCCCUGGCCUGCCUUGGGCAGGGGAUUUAACACAGGUGUGAUCCUGCUGUGGCUGGACAGACUUCGGCAAACUGGUUGGGAGCAGAUGUGGACCUUGACGGCCAAACGGGAGCUCCUUACUCUGAUGGCCACGUCUCUGGCUGACCAGGACGUUUUCAAUGCUGUCAUCAAGGAGCAUCCCGAGCUGGUGCAUCCCCUGCCCUGUGUCUGGAAUGUGCAGCUGUCAGACCACACACUGGCUGAGCGCUGCUACUUGGAGGCAGCCGACCUCAAGGUGAUCCACUGGAAUUCACCAAAGAAGCUUCGAGUGAAGAACAAGCAUGCAGAAUUCUUCCGAAACCUGCACUUGACCUUCCUGGGGUAUGAUGGGAAACUGCUGCGGCGAGAGCUCUUUGGAUGCCCCAACCAGCUCCCUCCUGGGGCUGAGCAGGUAAGAGGGGCCACACUACCUUGCCUUUGGGAGGUUUUGCCGCUCUGGACUCAGGUGGGCCUUGGCUGGAGGGCACGUUGUCCUGGGCCAGCCCCCUUCUUUCUUUCCCUGGACCCUGCUCAGUUGCAACAGGCCCUGGCACAGCUGGAUGAGGAAGAGCCCUGCUUUGAAUUCCGGCAACAGCAGCUCACUGUACAUCGUGUGCAUAUCACCUUCCUGCCCCACCAGCCGCCACCUCCCCGGCCUCAUGAUGUCACCUUGGUGGCCCAGCUCUCUAUGGACCGGCUGCAGAUGCUGGAAGCCCUGUGCAGGCACUGGUCAGGCCCCAUGAGCCUGGCCUUGUACCUGACAGAUGCAGAGGCUCAGCAGUUCCUGCAUUUCGUGGAAACUUCGCCAGUGCUCUCUGCGAGGAAGGAUGUAGCCUACCAUAUAGUGUACCGGGACGGUCCCCUCUAUCCAGUCAACCAGCUCCGCAAUGUGGCCUUGGCCCAGGCUCUCACGCCCUACGUCUUCCUCAGUGACAUCGACUUCUUACCUGCCUACUCCCUCUAUGACUACCUCAGGGCCUCUAUCGAGCAGCUGGAGCUGGGCAGUCGGCGGAAGGCUGCUUUGGUGGUGCCUGCGUUUGAGACCCUGCACUACCGCUUCAGCUUCCCUAACUCCAAGGCAGAGCUGUUGACCUUACUGGAUGCAGGCUCUCUCCACAUCUUUAGGUACCAUGAAUGGCCACAGGGUCAUGCGCCCACCGAUUAUGCCCACUGGAGGGAGGCCCAGGCACCAUACCAUGUGCAAUGGGCAGCUGACUAUGAGCCCUAUGUGGUGGUGCCCCGUGACUGUCCCCGAUACGAUCCUCGCUUUGUGGGCUUUGGCUGGAACAAGGUGGCCCACAUCAUAGAGCUGGAUGCUCAGGAAUAUGAACUCCUGGUGCUGCCCGAGGCCUUCUCCAUCCACUUGCCCCAUGCUCCAAGUCUGGACAUCUCCCGCUUCCGCUCCAGCCCCACCUAUCGGGACUGUCUCCAGGCCCUCAAGGAGGAGUUCCACCAGGACUUAUCACGGCACUAUGGGGCUGCAGCCCUGAAAUACCUCACUGCCCUGCAGCAGUCCCAAAGCCGGGCCUGAGCUUGCCAAGCUGCCCCUGGCCAAGGCUCUCUCACACACACACACUCCCGGAAGACACUGGAGAACCCUGGUGGGUGCCCACCCUUACUGCUAUUUAAAUUAUUUAAGGUUUUUGUCAGAGGGGCUGGGGUGGAGCAUCUGCGGGGUUCCUGGCUGGUUUCCCUGUUGGGGUCCAGCCCUUCUUUGCCCCAGCUGGUUUGGGGCUAGUUCCCCCAAUCCCCUUUCAUAAUAAAAAAAUUUUAAAUUGGG